CCAGACUAUGUCCACUGUGGUAGCUCAGUUGCAGCAUGUGUUUGGUCUUCGAGCCUAUGUGGCCAACAGUAUCCUCUUCUUUGAUGAACAGACAAUUAUAUUUCCUUCAGGAAAUCACUGUGUGAAAUACAACGUGGAUCAGAAAUGGCAAAAGUUCAUUUCAGGCUCAGAAAAGAGUCAGGGCAUGUUGGCUUUAGCCAUCAGUCCCAAUCGGCGAUAUCUUGCUGUCUCCGAGACUGUGCAAGAAAAACCUGUCAUCACCAUUUAUGAACUGUCAGCCAUACCUUGCCGGAAGCGCAAAAUCCUUAAUAAUUUUGACUUUCCAGUUCAGAAAUUUAUUAGCAUGGCUUUUUCUCCAGACUCCAAAUAUCUAUUGGCUCAGACAUCAACUCCCGAGUCAAACCUUGUCUAUUGGCUGUGGGAAAAACAGAAAGUAAUGGCCAUUGUUAGAACUGACACUCAGAACAAUGCUGUCUACCAGGUGAGUUUUAAUCCCAAGGAUAAUACUCAGGUUUGUGUCACUGGAAAUGGAAUUUUUAAGAUUCUCCGUUUUACUGAGGGAACCCUGAAGCAAACCAAUUUUCAGAGGGGAGAAUCUCAAAACUAUUUGUCUCAUGCAUGGUUGUCUGAUGACAAGAUCAUCAUUGGCACAAAUACAGGCAAGCUCUUCCUAUUUGAAUCUGGAGAUCAACGCUGGGAAACAAGCAUAAUGAUGAAGGAACAAAAUUAUGAUGUAAAGAACGUCAAUAUGAUCCAGGAAUCAGAGAGCCUGAUUGAAUUUCCAUCACCCAGUUCCCCAGUUCCUUCUAUUGAGCAGGCUGCACCAGCUAGUAGCAACAGCGAGCUGAGCCUGCCCCAAGUGUUUGCCAUCGCAGCCUAUUCAAAGGGAUUUGCGUGUUCUGCUGGGCAAGGAAGAGUUCUGCUGUUUGAGAAGAUUGAAGAUAAAGAUUUUUACCGUGAGAGCAGGGAAAUUCGGGUUCCUGUGGACUCCCAAAGCAAUGACCCGAGUCAGUCUGACAAACAGGAAAUUAUCUGCUUGAGCUUCAGCCCCUCAGAGGAAACUCUGAUUGCCAGUACCAGUAGGAGCCAACUUUAUUCCAUCACCAUGUCCCUGACAGAGAUCAGCAAGGGGGAGCCGGCUCAUUUUGAGUAUCUCAUGUACCCUGUACACUGUGCAUCCAUCACCGGCCUAGCUACCUGCAUCCGCAAACCUCUCAUCGCCACCUGUUCUCUGGAUAGAUCCAUUCGCAUCUGGAAUUAUGAAACAAACACUCUGGAACUAUAUAAGGAAUACCAAGAAGAAGCAUAUACAGUCAGCCUUCACCCAUCUGGACACUACAUUGUAGUAGGGUUUGCUGAUAAACUAUGCCUUAUGAAUCUUCUCGUUGAUGACAUAUGUUCUUUCAAAGAAUAUUCUAUCAGAGGAUGUAGAGAGUGCUCCUUUAGCAAUGGAGGUCACCUGUUUGCUGCGGUCUUUGGAAAUGUGAUUUAUAUUUAUACCACCACAAGCCUGGAGAACAUCUCAAACCUGAAAGGACACACAGGGAAGAUUCGUUCAAUCGUAUGGAAUGCAGAUGACAGCAAACUGAUUUCUGGUGGCACAGAUGGUGCUGUAUAUGAAUGGAAUCUGAGUACAGGAAAAAGAGAAACAGAAUGUGUGCUCAAGUCUUGUAGCUAUAACUGUGUUAGCAUCUCUCCUGAUGCCAAAAUUAUUUUUGCUGUUGGAUCAGACAAGACCUUGAAGGAGAUUUCUGAUUCUUCAAUCCUUCGAGAGAUGUCAGCAUUUGAUGUCAUCUACACAGCCAUUGUCAUCUCUCAUUCUGGACGCAUGAUGUUUGUGGGCACCUCAAUGGGAACCAUUCGUGCAAUGAAGUACCCUCUGCCUUUGCAGAAAGAUUUUAAUGAGUACCAGGCUCAUGCUGCUUCUAUCACUAAGAUGUUGAUCACCUUUGAUGACCAGUACCUGCUGACUGCUGCUGAGGAUGGCUGCCUAUUCAUCUGGAAGGUCUUUGAUAAGGAUGGGCGGGGAAUCAAGCGAGAGAGAGAAGUGGGCUUUGCUGAAGAGGUCCUCGUCACCAAAACAGACAUGGAAGAAAAGGCCCAGGUUAUGUUGGAGCUAAAGACUCGCGUGGAAGAAUUAAAGAUGGAGAAUGAGUAUCAACUUCGACUAAAGGAAAUGAACUACUCUGAGAAGAUUAAGGAGCUCACAGACAAGUUCGUCCAGGAAAUGGAGUCCUUAAAAACAAAAAACCAGGUUUUAAAGAUGGAAAAAGAAAAGCAGGAUAUACUGCAUCAGGAACGCAUAGACGACCUCCUGGAUAAGCAAAACCGGGAGCUGCAGGACUUGGAAUGUUGCAACAACCAAAAGCUGCUUCUGGAAUAUGAGAAGUACCAAGAGUUGCAGCUCAAGUCCCAGAGGAUGCAGGAAGAAUAUGAAAAGCAGCUUCGGGACAAUGAUGAGACCAAGAGCCAGGCCCUGGAAGAGCUGACUGAGUUCUAUGAGACCAAGCUGCAGGAGAAAACCACCCUUCUGGAAGAGGCACAAGAAGAUGUUAGGCAGCAGCUACGAGAGUUUGAAGAGACCAAGAAGCAAAUUGAAGAAGAUGAAGACCGAGAAAUCCAAGACAUCAAGACUAAGUAUGAGAAGAAGCUUCGGGAUGAAAAGGAAUCUAACCUACGGCUCAAAGGAGAAACAGGCAUCAUGAGGAAAAAGUUCAGCAGCCUGCAGAAGGAGAUUGAAGAGCGAACCAAUGACAUCGAGAGCUUGAAGGGAGAGCAAGUGAAGCUGCAAGGAGUCAUUAAGUCCCUGGAGAAGGACAUCCAGGGCCUCAAGCGGGAGAUCCAGGAAAGAGAUGAGACAAUUCAAGAUAAGGAGAAAAGAAUUUAUGAUCUGAAAAAGAAAAACCAGGAACUCGAGAAAUUCAAGUUUGUGCUUGACUACAAAAUAAAGGAACUGAAGAAGCAAAUAGAACCUCGAGAGAACGAGAUAAAAGUGAUGAAGGAACAGAUUCAAGAGAUGGAAACCGAGCUGGAGCGUUUCCAUAAGCAGAAUACACAACUGGAGCUGAACAUCACAGAAUUGUGGCAGAAAUUAAGAGCCACUGAUCAGGAGAUGCGCAGAGAGAGACAGAAGGAGCGAGACUUGGAAGCCCUGGUCAAACGGUUUAAGACUGACCUACAUAACUGCGUGGCAUAUAUCCAGGAACCCCGGCUGUUGAAGGAGAAGAUCCGAAGUCUCUUUGAAAAGUACGUGCAGCGGGCAGACAUGGUAGAGAUUGCAGGGCUCAACACCGACCUGCAGCAGGAGUAUUCCCGGCAGCGGGAGCAUCUGGAGCGGAACCUGGCCACACUCAAGAAGAAGGUGGUCAAGGAGAGUGAGCUGCACCGCACUGACUAUGUCCGCAUCAUGCAGGAAAAUGUCUCUCUGAUUAAAGAGAUAAAUGAGCUCCGAAGGGAGCUGAAGAUCACCCGCUCCCAAGUCUAUGACCUUGAAGCUGCCCUAAAAUUAGCCAAGAAAUUCCAACCACAGGAAGUUCCAGAGACAGCACCCAGCAAGGAUGCAUCCAGUGCAGCUCCCACCAUGCGACUGAAUGAACAAGAAGAAACCUGGAGAAUCAUUGAAAUGCAGCGUCUAGAAAUCCAGCGACUCCGAGACCAGAUCCAAGAGCAAGAACAGGUCCCAGGGUUGCACCCCCUGGCCGGAAUUCGGCUUCCUUCUCUCCAUGAAUCAGAGAAGGGCUUUAGUAUGCAGACCAACAUAUAG